CAACGCUUGGAGAGGAAAGCUUCAAGGAGCGAGAGGACGUUCCUUUGUGCCAGUAUCUAUUUAUGUCGACAAUUUGGAAAUUUAAAUACAGUUCUGAUUAUGGCUCGCCAGUUUUCAAAAGAAGACCUCGAUGAACAGUUUGAGCAGUUUUUGAGAGAGUCUCUUUCAGAUGAUUCAGUUGGAAAUGAACCAAAGAAAAAAUCCAGUGUUCUUGAAACCAUUGGACAGGCCAAGAAUAAAGAACUGAAGAAGCAUUCUGUGCCGUGGUGGUUAUCUGAAGAUGAUUCAGAUGAUGGAAUACGUGGCACACGUGGAAGUUUUCUGAAGUCACAAAGGCUUUCUCAUCUUAUUGUGGAAGUUGAUGAAGAUAAUGCAGAAAGCUCCCAGAAGCAGCUCCCAGAAGCAGAUGGCAUUUCUGUCUCUUUGAGCAGAGAUAGCCUGGAAACUAAUGAUUCAGUUGUGGCGUCAGGUCCUAAUGAGAAUUUUCUGGGCAUUGGAUUGGAUACUUUGGAAGAAGAAGAAGAAAAGGAGAAGUUCUUUGCAAAUCUUGAGAGAGGAGCAUCAUCUACUAUUGACUAUUCCAGAUUAAAUAAGGAGCUGGACUCCAAUGAUUCUGAAGUAUUACAGGCACUUCUACGAGAUCACCCAGAUGUGAAACAUCUGGAAGAAGGAAAUGAAGAUGAAUCAAAGAAUCAUGAAAAAUCUGGUGAUUAUAGUGAGGAUUUUGAAGACACAGAAUCUAAAGAAGACAAAGUUGAAAGAACUGUUACAUCAGAAGCGAAUGAGGAAAAGACUGGCAUGCUGGCUAAAGUUGUCCUCCUUGAUUCCCAGGACUCAACCAUGGAGACUCAAAAGGUCGAUGACCAGCAGGAUGUAGCUGUGACAGAACAUCAGCUACCUCAAGACGUUGCAGCAGAUGAAGUGAAUGGAACAGGUGUUUCUGGUGGGCAGACUAAUAGUGAUAUUGAAGCUUUGCAUCAGGCCUACUGCCAUGUUGAACACUCUUUAGGAGAUACAGAUGAGCAAAGAAUUCAUGCUGGUACAAUGGAAAUGGCAGAGGACUCCAUUAAAGAUGCUUCACAGAGUAAAGAAGAUUGUCCCAAGAAUACCUCCACUACUAAUUCCGAUCUGCCUACUAUAGAAGAACUGAUGAAACCUUUCAGAGCAGAUUCGUCUUUUGCCAGGGGCUUUGACCUAGAGCCUGCAAGUUCUGUGAAUGUGACACACAGUGGAGAUGAACUUGGGCCACAUUUACCUUUGAAAGAGCACCAGAAUAAUUCCUACCUGGAAGAGCAAAAGGUUAGCUGUCCACUGGGGCAGCAUAGUAUACAAGAGGAUGUUUCAGUUCAAACACAUGGAACAGAAGGUAAUUUUCAUCAUGGAGCUAGUAAAGAGAAUCAAACUGAAAAGAUUCAACAUGAUUCCUUGAGACAAAAUGUCUUACAGAACUCUUCAAUUGUGCAUCAAGACAUCAAAAUGAACCAGGUACGUUCACCAAAUAAACAGGAUCUGGAAUCAGUAAUGAAUAAACAAGCAAUGCACAAAAAUACCAAAACCACAGGCACAAUGCAGAAAAAGAAAUCUCUGAGUGGAGCCUAUAACUCUGUUAGGAGUUCUGGCUAUGGCAAAUCCAGUUCUCCCUUAAAGCAGUUUCCCACAGUUAAUGAAAAGAAGGUGUUAAAUGAAGGCAUCAGAAAGCCAGCUUUGAAAGCCAAAUCUCCUGCAAGGCCAAAAGAUAAAGAAACAUUUUCUGGAACUAAGAUAAUACAAACCAACAAGCAAGUUUCUACAAAGAGGAAUGACCUUGCUACAGCAGGGCACCCCUCCGCAAGUAGUCCUCAACCGCCAGAUAAAGAAAGAGACUGUUCUCUGCACAAUUUCCAAGUUUCUUCUUAUUCUCCUUCCCGAAAUAGUGAGAGGGAGCUUUAUUUAUUCAGAAGAGUUCAGCAAGCAGAGGAGAAAUUGGCUGUAGCCCAUGAUUUAAUUCAUCAUCUAAAAACCACAUCUUUGCAGAAGGAGAAGGAAAUGGAGGCAAAAAUAACGGAAAUGAAAAUGCAACAUGAAAGAGAUUUUUUUCAGCUAAACCAAGAAAAGUAUGUUCUUCGAACACAGCUAAAUAAUAGCGAGGACCUGAACAAAGGAGUAAAGUGGACACGUAUUUGGGAAAGAAUUCCUGAUGGUGGAGAAAUGUUGAAAGAAAUCCAAAAAGAAGUCCAAAAUCAAGAGACUCUUCUUCAGGGUUAUCAACAGGAAAAUGAAAGAUUAUACCAGCAAGUAAAAGAGCUGCAGUUAAGCAACAAGAAAAAUGAGGAAAAUAUGUUUAAAGAAAAUCAGCGUUUGAUGACUGAAUUAGCAUCCUUACGAGAACAAGUGGAUAAAAAUAAUCUUUUAUCUCAUGGAGUGCAGAAUUCUGAACCAGCUGGCAAUCAGAGUUUCACAGAUUUGAUUUUAGAACUUCGAGCAGCUAAGACAAUAGAGACCAAUUUGCUGGAAGACAGAAGGCGACUGAAGCAAGACAAACAAGCCCUUGAAGUAGACUUGGAACAAGUGAAGAAAGAGCGAGAUUUGGCAAGAGCCCAGAUUGCUUCAACUUCAGAUGUAAAAACGUAUGAAAUGAAAGUUAUGGAAGAAUCCUACAAAGAGGAAAUUGGACGUCUCCAGAAACGGCUUCAGUGGUAUGCAGAAAAUCAGGAGCUCCUGGAUAAAGAUGCAGCUCGUCUAAGAGGAGCAAAAAUAGAAAUUGAUAAACUGAAACUAGAGGUUGAUAAGCUUAGAAGCGAAGCUGGGAAUCAGUCGGCACAACAAAAGAAACGACUGAAGGACAGAGCAGCAGAUGCCAAACGUAUUCAGGACCUUGAACGACAGGUUAAGGAAAUGGAAGGGAUUCUAAAAAGAAGACAUCCAAACUCCUUGCCAGCUUUGAUCUAUGCUGCUGCCACAGUGAAUUCAGAUGGAGGCGGUGAUGCGUCAUCAAAAACCAACACAGUUGAGUUCCUUGAAAGAAGAAUUAAAAAGUUAGAAGCAGAACUUGAGGGUAAAGAUGAUGAUGCCAAGAAAAGUCUCCGAACUAUGGAGCAGCAGUUUCAAAAAGUAAAGUAUCAAUAUGAGAAAAGGGUCAGUGAGCUUGAACAGCUCCUGGCAUAUAAGCUGCUGAAUGACCCUCAGAGGCUCCAAGACGGUACGGUCAGCCAAGCAGCACUUGAGGAAGAACUUCGUAGUGUGAAUGAGGCCCACCAGAUUACAGUAAAAAACCUUGAAGUGGAAAUCGAUUCCCUUAGAAAUCAGAUUGCUCAGCUAGAGCUUCAGAAGAAAGUUACAGAGGAUGCAGAUAUACAGUCACUCGAAUUCCAGGUGGAGCAGGCUCAUGCAAAGGCCAAGUUGGUGAGACUCAAUCAAGACCUGGUUGCUAAAAACAGAGAGAUACAAGACCUCACAAGAACUGUAGAGAGACUUCAGAAGGAAAGGAGGAUUAUGCUGUCCAAUAAAGGUUCAGGUGGCCGAACUGACAGUAAAGAAAAGCCUGCAGGAAAUGUGAAAAAAGUGAUUUUUGAUUCAAAAAACACCAGAAAUGAAGAGUUCUUCCCUGGCACUCUUGAUGAUAAGAUAUACCAGCCCAGUGCUUUUGCUGAUUCUCAUAUUUCAGAAGUCCUGCAAGAAAAUGCUCAGCUGAAAAACAAGCUGGAAAAAUUGACCUUGGAACUAAGCCAGCAAAGGAUAAAAUCUCAAGCAGGACUAGCCAACUCUGAAAGUAUCAUACAGAGGGCAAAAGAAGACUCGGAAGAAUACAUUGCAGCCCUUAAAGCAUCACAUCAGAAAGAGAUAGAGAAGAUUCUUUGCCAGCAUGCUAUGGAGCAUUCUACUUCCAAAGUAGCUCAGUUAAACAGCAAAAUUUCAACACAGGAGGUCUCGAUAAAACAUCUUCAGCAGCAACUCCUUGAGCUGCAGAGAGAUCAAGAAGCCCUUACAGUUUCACGGAUGCGAGAGGAAAUUCUUCAAAAAGAAAUGGGAAAAUUGUUAGAAGAACUCAGAGAAGCUAAAGAGAGCCAGAGGCCUGAAAGGAAACACUUUGCAUGCCUAGAAAGGAGCAUGAGACAGUUGGAAGCCAGAUCUGAACAAAGAGAACAAAAGCUUCAGCAGUUACUACAGCACACUCGACAUACUGCAGAAGUGGAACAAACUCAGGAAAUUGAGAAAUGGAGGAAGCUCGCCCUGCUGAAGAAUCAAGAGCUAGAGAAAUUCCGCAUAGAACUGGAUUCCAUCUUGGAUGUUCUACGGCAAUUGCAGAAGCAGGGUGUCAUAAUUCCUACAGGAGGUUCAAACAUACCUGAAAAUUAUUGGAAGAUAUAAGCCAUUUAAUAAGAGAGGAGUUUUAAUAAAGAUGGACACAAGCAGAAUGUGUAUCUCACAAGGUCAUGAGUUUAUUUCUUAGGCCUAUGUUCAGACUUCAAUUGUACAAAUUCAUUGAAACUUGUUGAUAGUUUUUAUAUGACACUGAUAGUGUAUUUAUGU